AUGCUGUCGUGCAAGACGUUCCUCAAACUGUUUGCGGUGGCCGUCGCGCUCUCCGAUUUCACCGCUCAUGCCGACAGUACGCAUGUGGCUGACUGUGAAAUGAUCUACGAUGUGGUCACGCCGGCCCCAACCGUCCCAGUCACUCCGUGCCCCAAACCUGAGGGUCAAGACUUUAUUCCGACUGAUGUUGAAGGCCAGUCAACUAUGCAGCAAGACAACUCCGUCACUACUGGCACUACACCGAGUAAUGGAUACAACUCGAGUUCCGAUGGUAGUUUGGUUAGUGUUGGCGAUGUCUCUGACGCGUCCGGCGAACGUCCUAGCACUGAAAACGGUGACAUUCCCGCUCCAAAUGGAGUUGACAGCACCAACAGCGUACCCAGUGAUACAGGCGUUGUCGAUGCACCACAAGACGACCAAAAUGGCUACCUCCACAGUGGCGGAGAGACAGAAAACAAUGCUAGUACGUCCACCGGCAAGGCCGAUGGAGCAGACGUCGGUGUAAACGUCGAUGCAACCGUCGAUUCUAACCCGAAUUCUGGUUCGAACAUCGACGCUAAUAUGCGAAUGCCGACGCUAGUGCCGGAGCAAACAUCAGUGCAAACGUGGAUACCGGCGUGA